GUGAACAACCCGGAUGUGAUUUCCCUAUAACGUAGUUUUAUUGUGACGUAAUAUCCGCCUUUAUGGUUUCUGCCGUUUUUCCAUAUUGUAUACGCACUGACAGACGCAAGGCGACCUGUUCCUUUUGAAGAUUCAGAGUCUUUCACACCAACAGCCAUGGCCAGUCAAGCAACUGAUAUAAUUGCAAAGGUUUUGGAACAAACCAAAUUAGUAGAAGAACAAGUGGAUGCUCAGCUGAGCCAGCUGAAUGAGAUGGAUGAAGAUGAAUUGGAGAGACUGAAGGAAAGACGAUUAGAGGAACUUAAAAAAGCGCAGAAACAAAAGCAGGAGUGGUUGUCCAAGGGUCAUGGGGAGUUUAGAGAAAUUCCCAGUGAGAAAGACUUUUUCAGUGAAGUAAAGGAAAGCAAAAAAGUUGUCUGCCACUUCUACAGAAAUUCAACUUUCAGAUGUAAGAUCUUGGACAAACACCUCGCCAUUUUGGCAAAAAAGCAUGUUGAAACAAAAUUCAUCAAACUGGAUGUGGAAAAGGCCCCGUUUUUGACAGAACGGCUUCGCAUCAAAGUUAUUCCAACACUGGCUUUGCUUUUAAAUGGAAAAACGAAAGAUUAUGUGGUUGGAUUCUCCGAUCUGGGCAACACAGAUGAGUUUUCCACAGAGAUGCUUGAGUGGAGGCUUGGGUGUGCAGAUGUUAUAAACUACAGUGGUAACCUGAUGGAGCCCCCGACAGGAGCAAAGAAAUCUGGCUCAAAGUUCACAAAAGUGGAGAAGAAAACCAUCAGAGGGAAAGGUUAUGACUCUGACUCAGAUUCUGAAGAUGACUGAAAAGUGCUGACUGUUUUUCUCUCAUGGCUACAUCACUUAAAAAAAAACCUGUAACUGUUCUUUCAAAGAUUAUGACUCAUUUAACAUAUUUGUUUUUGAUUUUCUUGUUUUUUACCAGAUUCAUAAACCUUUUUUUUUAUUGAAACAUUUUAGCAUGAUGCACCUUUUGUGCUCCAAUGCCUCAAACCCAGGAUCAGGUUCCAGUCCAAUGCCGUAUCUGUGUAAUGUAGAGCUAAUAACACUUGUUUCUGUGGUGCUCAGUUAACUUAGGUAGGGUGGAAGAUGUUUGGAUUUCAGGAAGUAACCACCCUCUCCAUAUUAUGAAAAAAAUGCAGCGACCUUGCGUGAAAGCUUCACCGGAAUAAUUGACAUUAAUGAAGACCAAUUAUUCUGAUGAUCCGCCUGGAAGAACAAAGUUCUCUGCUAUACCUUUAAAGCAAGAGACAUCGGCUAACUCAUAAGAAAGUAUAGUAGUGAUGUAUCAGAGCCAUGUGUGUAUUCAUACUGACAUUUGAUUCACGUGUAAUUCAUUAUUUAGAGCUCAUCACUUCUAAAGUUGAAUCUUGCUUUAUUUAGUCAUAUUUUCUUGACAAACCUAAAGAAGAAAAUCUCACAUUGCUUUAGAAAUUAUUCUGUUUUUGAAAAAGGCCAACCUUAGAUUGUGUACGGUGUAGUUUAAAUGAAAGGUGCGACAGGAGCAGAUGAGUUAAGAGUCCACCCUGUAACCAGAGGAUUGCAGGUUUGAACCCUGCUCAGUCUGUUCCAGUCAUCUUUUGCAAGACGGUUGACCCACCUUGCCUGCUGGUGGAAGCUGCAUACGGCAGCUUUGGUAAGUGAUUACAUUAAAGCUCACCUCCAGUUUGUGAAUGGCUGGAUGUGUUGUGAGGUGCCUUGGAGGGUUGUAGAACCCUACAAGGCGCUAAACAAAUACAAGCCCUUCACCUUGCCCAAUCUUUUGUACCAAAUCCAAACAAAACCACAUCUAGGUCAGUGAUAUUUUAGCUUUGUUCCACUGCUGGGAAAGUGUUGUACUGAUGCAUCCCUGGUGAGAAUGUACUCCGUUGGUCACUUAACUGACUUGUGGACAUUUUUGUAAAACUACCUGUGUGAAUAUUGCUCGCAAACCGGCUAAUAAAUGAAAAUAAAAUUGUGUUUUCUGAUCCAGAGCAAGUGAAGGUAAAUGUUUAAUAAAACUGAGUAGUGA